ACUUGACCGACUUCACAAACUCAUCACUAGAUAAAUCAAAAACGUGUCAUCUCCCUCUACUUCACCCACAGCCUCCGCCAAAUGUCCAAAAUGCCCUUCCUCCACCUCUUGCUCCUCCUCUCCUCCCUGCCCAUUAUCGUAAUCUCACAACAAUUCUCCACCGCCGAUAGAGCCACGCUUCUCAACAUCAAACAACAAUGGGGCAACCCGCAAAUCCUCAGCCACUGGAACUCCACGUCAUCUCCCUGCAAUUGGUCGGAAAUCCAGUGCUCCGGCGGCUCCGUCACCAGAAUCACCCUCAGUGGCUACAAUCUCAAUGGAACCAUUCCGGAAUCCAUCUGCUCGCUCCGGAAUCUAACCUUUCUCGAUCUUUCCUACAAUAAUUUAUUGGAGGACUUUCCAGUGACAAUUUCGAAUUGCUCAAAUCUUCAGUAUCUUGACCUACAGCAGAAUCUGUUUGAAGGAAAAAUUUCGGCGGAAAUUGGCCGGCUGAAACAGCUGCGAUAUCUAGACCUCAGCGGCAACAACAUCGCCGGAGAUAUACCUCCGGAAAUCGGUGAAUUGGACGAGCUGAUGACGCUGAAUCUACACAUGAAUUUAUUCAACGGUAGUUACCCUAAGGAGAUUUCAAAAUUGGCGAAUCUCGUGAGUCUCCGGCUGGCCUACAAUAGCCACUUGUUGCCGGCGGCAAUACCGCCGGAGUUCGGGGAUUUAACGAAGCUGGAGUAUCUGUGGAUGCCGGAUGCGAAUGUGAUCGGCGCGCUGCCGCAGAGCUUCGCGAAUUUGUCGAGCCUUCAGCAUUUGGAUUUGUCUAUGAAUGAAAUUAAUGGAGAAAUCCCGCGCGAAUUGUUUAUGCUCAGGAAUUUGAGUGUGGUAUACUUGUACAAGAACAAUUUAUCCGGCGUGAUUCCUCGGGAGAUCGAGUCCUUGGAUUUGGUAGAGUUUGAUAUCUCUAUGAACAAUCUGGUCGGUGAAAUUCCUGAAGAUUUCGGAAAAUUGAAGAAAUUGGAAGUUCUGAAUCUGUAUGCAAACCAGCUAUCCGGUGAAAUGCCGCAGAGUAUUGGGGAAAUUCCGAGUUUGAAGGAAUUCAAAGUUUUUCGCAACAAUUUGAGCGGGAUUCUACCGCCGGCAAUGGGGAAUUACUCAAAGCUCGAAUCAUUCGAAGUUUCCGACAAUCACUUCACCGGAACCCUACCGGAAAAUUUAUGCGCAGGGGAAACUCUGUUUGGCGUGGUGGCGUUCAACAACAAUUUGACCGGAGAAAUUCCGAAAUCGCUCGGAAAUUGUCCCCAUCUUCGCACUCUACAGCUCUACAACAACCUAUUUUCCGGCGAGAUUCCGGCAGGUCUGUGGACAGGGCUCAACAUGACCAGCAUGAUGCUGAGCGACAACAUAUUUUCCGGCGAGCUUCCCCGCCGCAUCGCCUGGAACAUGACGCGAUUGGAGCUCAGCAACAACAAAUUCUCCGGUGUGAUUCCGGCGGAGGCCUCGUCGUGGGCGAAGCUCAUCGUGUUCAAAGCCAGCAACAACUCAAUCACCGGACCUAUGCCGAAGGGCUUCACCGCCCUCCACGAGCUGACCACUCUCUCAUUGGACGGAAACUCUCUCUCCGGCGAGCUCCCACCGGAGAUCAUCUCGUGGGCGUCGCUCACCGCCUUGACUCUCGCCCGAAACCAACUCUCCGGCCCAAUACCGCUUUCAUUCGGCUCCCUCCCCGACCUCCUAGACUUGGACUUAUCGGACAAUCAGCUCUCCGGCGAAAUCCCGCCGGAGCUCGGGCGGCUGAAGCUCACUUCCCUCAACCUCUCAUCGAACCGACUCAUCGGAAAAAUCCCUGAUGAAUUCGACAACUUGGCUUAUUCAAACAGUUUCCUUAACAAUUCAAAGCUCUGCGCAAGAAAUCCAAUCUCAAAUCUCCGUAGCUGCAGCUACACUCAUUUUCAAGAAUCCAAGAAACUACCACACAAAAUCCUAGCUGUGAUUUUAGUGUUAGCAAUAGUGCUUCUUCUGAUCACCCUCGCUACUACCCGUUUUCUGGUGAGAGAAUACCGGAGAAAGAAGCUAAACCGCGAUCUCGCCACGUGGAAGCUCACUUCGUUCCAACGGCUCGAUUUCACGGAGGCCAACAUCCUCUCCCGCCUGCAGGAGAGUCGCAUGAUUGGCUCCGGUGGCUCAGGGAAGGUCUACAAGAUUCCGGUGGACCGGGGGGCCCAGUGCGUGGCUGUCAAGAAAAUCGGGAGCAACACGAAGGUCGACCGCCUCCUCGAGAAGGAGUUCCUAUCGGAGGUUCAUAUACUAGGCUCGGUUCGGCACUCGAACAUAGUGAAGCUCUUGUGUUGCAUCUCUAGUGAGGGUUCGAAGCUUUUGGUUUAUGAGUAUAUGGAGAAUCAUAGCUUGGAUAGGUGGCUUCACGGCAGCAAGAGAAAGGCCGGCGCAGCUGCGUUGGACUGGCCUGCGCGGCUGAGGAUUGCGAUGGGCGUGGCUAACGGGCUGUGCUACAUGCAUCAUGACUGUAGCCCUCCGAUCAUACAUCGCGAUGUCAAGUCGAGCAACAUCUUGUUGGACUCGGAAUUUAACGCCAAGGUGGCGGAUUUCGGGUUGGCAAAGAAUUUGAUGAAGCGUGGGGAGGAGCCCGACACGAUGUCUGCCAUCGCCGGGUCAUUCGGCUAUAUUGCACCAGAGUAUGCUUACACGAGAAAAGUGAAUGAGAAGAUUGAUGUGUACAGCUUUGGUGUGGUGCUGCUGGAGUUGGUGACGGGCCGGGAGCCCAACCGUGGGGACGAGCACACGAGCCUGGCAGAGUGGGCGUGGAGGAGCUAUGGGGAGGGGAAGCCGGUGGCGGACUUUCUUGACCGGGAGAUAAAAGAGGGGGUAUAUUUGGAAGAGAUGAUCAGCGUAUACAAGCUCGGGCUUAUGUGCACCAGCCCGCUGCCCACGAGCAGGCCCUCCAUGAAGGAGGUGGUGCAGAUAUUGCAGCGCUGCUGCCCUCUUCACGCCGAUUACCAGAGGAAGGCGGGAAAGGAGUACGAUGUUGCGCCACUACUCGGUGCCGAAAAGUACAUCGCUAGCUACAGGUGUGAUUCGAAGAAGCUGAUGGGGCAGAGUGACAGCAGCUUGAUCACUCUUGUGUGAAGAGCAACAAGAGAAGAGUGAAGAAUGAGAAGAAAAAUGGCUCCAAAAUGUGCAACGUGGAAUGUUAAUUUGUGGUUUGUGAUUUCUAUUUUUUUUCUCAAUAUAGAUGAAAUUUUGGUGUGUUAGGGUGCGAAUAUACUACUCCAUGUAAAAUAGUUGCAAGAAACUAUGUAUACAAAAUUUACAAGAAUCUAUGAAAGUUUCGCAAAA